GCGCGACACUCCGCAAUACACCCUAUAACCGAUGUCUUAAUCUUUUUUAUUUACAUUGGCAAGAUUUUAUAUUACAUUAUUAAUUCAUAAGUGUCGCAUACGAUGUAUCGCUUUGUAAUACUAGGCAUAUGUGCAAUAUGGUAUACACCUACUUCCAGGGCGAAACGAAACCUCUAUAGGGGAAUAGGUGAUUCCAUAGCACAUUCGCAGGAUUCUAUAUUAGAACAUGAUCUGCAUAUUUUGAAAGGUGAUAAGCUAAUAACAGAGCAUCAUAAUAUUGCUGCCAAUGUAGGAAAAACUGAUCCUAGUCCAUCUAGACAUGGUGGACUGUACGUAGCAUUGAAUAACGUAGACAGCGAUGUAAACCACAGGGAGCUAUUAUUAAACAAAUCUGAUGAUGAAAAUGAAGAAUCAUCGGUUGAUAGUACGGAAUCCAAUGGAAAUGGUGGAUCUAAUGAUCAUGAAGACCCUUCAGACGGCCCAUGGCCAACAUAUCCGUACUCUCGUUGGUGUAAAAGCGAGGCAACUUUAAUAUCGUCUUCUGAACUGUUGGCUUUUAACAUGAUAGCGAUGGCAAUUUUGUUGUUAUUGGCCAUUUGGCAUCUUGCGAUAGCGUUAAUGUCACGUCCCUCUAGUGAUGGGUAUGAACCUCUGGAUCAACUACCUACCAUAACAGUGUCUGACGAAUCUGACGUAUAUAUACAGAUGAAACAGCAGGGCUACAACUUCACAACUCCUGGGAAGUAUGUCAUACGAUCUAUGAUUCUAUAUACUGCUUUAUGCCAAAUAGUUGUAACAGCUUUAAUUUGCAACGAAAUGUGCAUACCACUGGUAGACGGUAUUGGAGACUGGGAGUUACGCGCUAAACCAUUUUUUAUAUCGUGGCUGAUUGGUUUUUUUUCAUUGAUGGCCUGUGUCAUGCUUCGUAACACGUACAUUGGCAAGCGUAUGUUUAUGGUUCCCCAAAGUCUCCAAUCAUGCGAAUACGUUCAUAUAACGGAUUAUUCGCAUACUUCUCAUCCUGGUGAACAAGAUAUGUUGCGAUCGUUGCGAGAGUGGCUCAGUACAUUAGGAGCAUAUUUGAAGUUGAAGUUUAACAUUCCUGACAGCGUACUAAGGGUAACUUUUGACAAAUACAAGGAUGCAGCAGCUCGUUUGUACGUUAAAGUAGAGUAUUCAGGUGAUGAACGGUACUUCUACUACCAAUGUGUGAAAUACACUUUCAACUCUCAGAGUGGUGUUUUUGUGGACUCUAGUUCUAGGGUGACGAAUUACCUCAGGAACACCAACCUAACAGAUUUGCUUGAUAACGGUGGAUUAACUGAAGCUGAAUCAUAUAGGCGUACUAAUGACAUUGGUAAGAACAUUAUUACCGUUGAGCGAUUAUCCUUUUCUAUGUUGCUUUACCGUGAGAUUACGGACCCUGUUUUUUUCCUGCAAUUAUAUCUUAUAUUGAAAAGCAUAUACUGGAAGAGUAUCAUCAGUGCCCCUAUUUGGGGAAUAAUGGUCCUGUACACCAUAGUAAAGAAAGUGAACAUUAUCAAUGAGCAGCAGAAAGAUUUACAUCAACUGGCCAAUGCAGCUUCAAGUUCUACUGUCACUGUAUUACGCGAAAAUAUGACUAAAUCGGUAGCUGCUUCAGAACUGGCUAUUGGUGAUAUAGUUAGGGUAGAUUCUGAUUGGGAGGUGCCAAGUGACAUGGUUAUGCUUCGUGGCGAUGUGAUUGUAGACGAGAGUGCAAUAACAGGUGAAUCAAUCCCAUUGCGAAAGAGCAAAUUGAGCCUUGAUAAAUAUGGAUAUUCUCUUUCCGUUUUUGAUUUUAACAUUUCCAUGCCUGUUUCUGGAUCCAAGCAGGAGCAACACAAGUGUGUUACCGAACACAUGCUAAAAGCGGGUACUCGCGUUAUUUCAGUCGUUGGUAACGAGGAAAUUGCUGCAUCUGCUGUGGCUGUCGUAAUUGCAACUGGUGUAUAUACCACAAAGGGUAAGCAGAUGAAGGGUGUUCUAUUUCCCAAUCAAUUUAGGUUAAAGUACGACACUCAAUUACCCAUGGUGUUUAUAUUAACUUGCAUAUACGCAUUUAUGUGCUCAUCAUAUCAAAUACAAUCUCUUGGAUGGAAUAUGACUUCUAUAUUUUACUGCCUGGGUACCUUAUCACAGGUAGCACCAGUAUGGGCCAGUGCCAUGAUGUCUAUAGGCCAAAGCAGGGCUUGUGAACGUUUAGCGAAAUCAGAAUCUAUUGGCUGCAUUGCACCAUCAAGGAUAGCGAUAUUUGGGAAGCUCCGUGUCAUGUGUUUUGACAAGACUGGUACAUUAACCAACAACGCUUUGCUUUUCGAUGGAAUUAUGACAUCGUGGCUGGGCCAACGAGGACAUGAUUUGAUACUUCCAGAUGAUAUCAAGAACCACAUAACGUCCAUAAGAAAUACCUCAUUCAUCGGUUUUAGGAAGGACAAGGAGACUGUGAAUCAGAUAUUGUCUUUGGCUGUUGCCACUUGCCAUUCUGUAUUUCCUCGUAACGACGACAACCUGGGUAACCAGGUUGAUAAAUCCAUGUUCAACUCCACUGGUUGUAGCAUCGAGCAGUUUAUCGACUCUGACGGGAAUACUAGAAGGUAUAUCAGGUGCCCCAACAACCGUGAUCUUGUGAUUGAAGUGCUUCGUACAUUCGAUUUCCACUACCAAAAGAAGUUAUCGUCCGUAGUAGUUGCCAUAAAGUCUCCUAACGCCGAUAAGAGUGCAGUUUUUGCUUUUGUGAAGGGUGCUUAUGAAAACGUUGCUGCAUGUUCCAAAGGAAACAACAGCGACCUUGAUACUUUGUCUAAUGAUCAGGCUAAGGCCGGUGCUUACGUGCUGGGUGUAGGUUACAAGGUGUUAUCUGACGACGAUGCGAUAUAUAAGCGUGAGGAUGUGGAAUCCAAGCUUAACUUGGGCGGUUUGCUAAUAUUCAACAACUCAGUGCGUUCAGAGAGCGUUCCCGUAAUAUCGACGUUGCAGGAUGCCAAAGUGCGUCCUGUUAUUCUAACAGGUGAUAAUAUUCCCGCGUCGCAAUAUGUCGCGAAAAGUGUUGGCAUGUUAGGCGACAAUGGUGAACCAGGCCCAUAUGCUCAGAUGAUUGAUGGCAAUCUAGUCUGGCAUUUUCCUCAACACCCUUUAGAUGAGGAGAACUUAUACUUCGGUGCCCACUGCGUUAAUCUCGCGCUAACUGGUGAUGCAUUCGAGCAUAUCGAGACUGAAUGGGAAAGCAUCCUUCGCACAUUCGGCAGGUGUUCGAAUAAUAAAGCGACCAACGAGGCCUUGUUUGAGCAGUUCCUUCUCCGUGUGCGUAUAUUUGCCAGAUUGAACCCUCACCAGAAGGUGAAAGUAAUAAACGCGUUCAAGCGUUUGGGUAUAAUCACUGGGAUGUGUGGUGAUGGCACUAACGACUGUCUGGCAUUGCAAUCAUCGCAUGCUGGUUUAUCGCUAACUAAUGGCGCCUCAUCAAUGGUGGCUCCCUUUACUUCCAAGAACAAUAAACUGCAAUCAGUGAUCACUUUAAUAAGGGAAGGUCGUGGUAGCCUUGUGACAUCAUUGGCUUGUUUCAAGUUCAUGCUGUUGUUUGGCCUGAUGAUUGCACUUGUUAAAGUGUUUUUGUUUAAACGGUGCCGUGGCGUUAUGCCUGAAUGGGGAUAUCUAUUGCUGGAGAACGCUAUUCUAUUAAGCCUCAGUCACACCAUGGCGCUAUCAAGACCUAGUGAAAAGCUGCGGAUACGCUCGCCAACCUCUAGUCUCCUUGGUCCGCUUACACUUAGUUCUAUUGGACUUAUGUUUGGCGUUAACUUCAUAUUCCUCACGCUGCUAUUCAAGCUCUACGAGUACACUGGUAUACCCAGCAGCCUACAAUAUAAUCGCCAGGUUGACGCUGCGAAGUGGUGGAUAUUAACCGAUAACUUCGAGGCGCCCACUGUAUGUCUAUGGCUGUGCUAUCAGGUGGUGAAUGCGGCUCUGGUAUUCAGUUUUGGUGGUAUAUUCCGUGAAUCUGUACUGAGAAACACUUACUUUACGCUGACUUGGUUAGGAAUCAACAGCAUCCUCACGGGACUUCUUUUGACAGGGCCAUCUAAGUUCACGUGUCUUUUCCGCAUCAACUGUACUGAUGAAGUGUCACAAAAAACUGUGUUUCCAGUCUUACGGUUGAUGACAACGAGUGCCAACGGUCACCCAUUCCACGGACAGGGUGGUCACAACAUCCUUCCAACGCAGUUCAGGGUACUCUUCCUCGCUCUCAACGUAGCCAAUGCGGUAAUAAACGGUCUAAUUUCUUACUUUUUGCUCGGAAGCGAAUUCCCCAAAGCGAUGAGUUCACUCAUUGGGCACAAGUAUAGCGCUGACCGCAUCAGUGUAUAAGCCUGUUUUUAGGCAUUGAAUACACAUUAGUA